UCUCCAUCCACACACAUCCACACACAUCCACACACAUCCACACAGAUGGCAAAGCUUCCUCGCUCACGACGGCCACAGCGCCCUGCUGGGAGCCGCAGCGGCGGCGGUGGCGGUGCUGCUGGUAUGCUUGGGAAUCUUGGUUUGGGCGAUCUUGAGUUUGAGUGGUCCUUUGCCUUCUUCUGGAAGGUGAUGAAGUCGAACCCUGGCGACUGCGCCACCAUCGCCGUGUCCAUUCCACUGCUCCUCUGCAUCCUCCCACCGACGCGGCCGCUGGGGCUCGCCGUCACCUACCCGUCGCACAACACCACAAGCACAGAUGAGCCAGGCAGUGCGCGGUUUACGACGGGCCCCAUGGAUGUGCUUCUGCUGUUGUUUGUGGCUGGCUGCUCCUAUGCGGUCCACGAGCUUGUGCGCGAUCUCGUCCUCCGGCGCGCGAGCAAGUUGCUGGCUGUCGACCGGUAUCAGCAGGCGACGUGGAUGUUCACGGCCUGCGACGCCCUCGCACAUGUCCUCAAUGUCAUCUUCAUCGUCCAGUCUCUCACAGCGGCGCCCAAGGAAACGAUGACCCGCAAUGGAGAGGAUGGUAGCGGCGGCGACGAGGAAGCAAACCUGUCGUGGCAGGAGUGGCUGACAGUCGACUUCCCGCAUAGCAUGACCUUUGGCACCAAGAUGAUUCUCCUCACCAACAUCGCCUACUUUGCCUUUUCCGCACAGCUCGUCAACGUGCAGAGGCACCUGCAGAUGACCAAGAAGAAACCCCUGGAGACUGCCCGAUUUAUUGUGCCCCUGACUCACGCGCUCGCCUUUGUCGUCGCGUACACCUUCCUGUACAACCGCCUUGCCAUGGUUGUUCUCUUCCUGCACCACCUCGUCCUCGCCGUUGUCGACACGUCUGCUGUGUUGUUUCCGUUUGCCUGCAAGCAACGCGGCUCCGACAUGCCCAACUGGUUCAAGUCCCAGUCCUCCUUUGGCGUCGCCGACCUCAUCCGCCUCAUUGUGAAGUGGACGCCGGUGCUGCGUGCGUUUCUUCUCCUCUCCAUCGCCGCCAUCACCGCCGCCACCCUCUUCGUGCUGCUGCCUGCUGCGGAUUCGCCCUCGCUGCUGGCGUCCACGGCCGUGCGCGCGUGUGUGUUUGCGGCAUUUGUGCUGUCGGCUGCGUCUCCCAUCGUCGCCCCACUCGCACUCCGCACACACGCGCACACGCACGCGGAGAGCAGGGGCGCUGAUGUGGACGAGCUGACGACGGCUCCCGCUGCUGCAAAGAAGACGAACAAGGCCAAGAAGCAGGCGUGAAUGCUGCUGUCAUCGCAUCAUGGGCGCACACAGGUUGGUCGUUUGUGUGUGUGUGUGUGUGUGCGUGUGUGUGUGUGUGCAUGUGUCUGUGUCUGUGUCUGUGUCUGUGUGUGUGCAUGUGUGUGUGCAUGUGUGUGUCUGUCUGUCUGUCUGUCUGUCUGUGUGCGUGGUGAUCUGUGGCCAUGUGAUGACCAAAAAUAGCCCUGUCUUAGGACACCACGUCCUCCCACCGUCUCCACCCCCUUUGGCUACCGAUUGCCCACGACCGCCCUCCUCUGUUGCCUGCAAGCAACCACGCCGCCACCCUAUCAUCACCGUCGUCAUUCGUUUGCGCACACGCGCGCGCACGCGACGCUUUGUCGACGCUCCUGCUGCUGCUGCUGUCGUUGCAAUGAUGAUGGUGGUGGUGGUGGUGGUGGUGUUGGUACACACACGUGUGUGGCUGCUGCAUUCGCGUUGGCUUUGGCUGGUGCGGGCUGGGCGUUGGAGAAGGGAGGUGGGACUGGUCGGUUGAUUGGAUUGUGGUGUCGGUGCGAACACCGGCUGAAGCGUAUUUAAUUUUGUUGGACUGAUGGCCACAGUCACACGCGUAGUGUGUCAUGGGAGGGUUGUCCAUAUGUGUGUGUUUGUGUUUGCUUCACUCUUUCGUCUUUGCUCCUCUCACCGCCACGUUCUCCCUGCUAUCAUCGCUUCCUCCCAUGCCCUUCAGCGUCUGUAUGUGUGUGUGUGU